GUAGGAGGGACAGGCCCGUCAGGCCGCACCCCUGCUGGGUCCAUAGAGCGGCGGCUUCGGGCUGAGCUCUCCUCUGCCUCGCCGAACUUCAGGCUGUAGCAGCAGAUUCAGCGACUGUCUUGGAAAUGGUACCGACGUGGGCCCCGGCUGUUGGUUUCACACUCUUGCCCCAUGCAGGAGGGUUUUUGGGAGGCAUGAUAACAAAGAGAGAAAUCCCUAUAUGGUAUGAAUCUCUUGAAAAGCCAUCCUGGCGGCCACCUAACUGGAUGUUUGGCCCUGUCUGGGGAACUCUGUAUACAUCAAUGGGAUAUGGUUCUUACCUGGUAUGGAAGGAGUUAGGAGGUUUCAAUGAAGAGUCAAUGGUUCCACUUGGGCUGUAUGCAGGGCAGCUGGCAUUAAACUGGGCAUGGACUCCCAUAUUCUUUGGAGCUCACAAAAUAGGAUGGGGGUUGGUCGAUCUCCUACUCACUAGUGGUGCAGCAACAGCUACAACUGUCACCUGGUACCAUGUCAACAAGAAAGCAGCAUAUUUGAUGUUCCCUUAUUUAGCUUGGUUAACUUUGGCUUCUGUGCUCAAUUACCGCAUUUGGAAGGACAAUAAAAAGAAGAAGCAAUCUUAAUACAGAACCUUCUGGAAGAGAAUAUCAAGGCAGAAGAUUUUUUUUAUGCAUUUCCCAAAUAAAAUUACAAUCCUGUUUUAC